AUGACGUCCGCCGCGCACCUGGGCCUCGCCAGCUUGCUGACCCUUGGCGCCUCAGCUGCCACCACCGACCCCGCAGCAGCCUUCUCGCAUUACACAGCGCCGACAAGCACGGCGACACCCGCGGCGACCGGCGCCACAACCGCGGGUAGCACCACCGCAUCACCGACCGCGCGUUCCGGCCAGCCGCAGGCCCCAACCAGCAAUGACAGCCUGACCAAAACCGCCGCCAUGAUCAUGAUCGGUGUGGGUGCACCGUUGGCGCUUGGGCUGCUGGUCACCAUUACGAUCUGGGGCUACAUGCUCGGACGACGGCACGAGUCGGCCGAGAUGGACGAGCAACGGAAAGAGCGCGAGAGACGGGAGAGGAGAAGGAGAAGGGCGCCGGCGACGGUCAGGUACGAGCUGGAAGGGAAAGAGGUGCUGGAGAUGGGGACGCGGGCGAACUGCGCCGAGAUGGAUGAUGAUCAGCGGCCGCCGGUGGAGAUGGAGGGCUUGCGGGAACCGGCGGAGCUGCCGGCCGGGUCGUGGGUAAAGUUGCUAGGGACCUUGAGAUGA